AUGGUCACCAGGCCUGUAUCUCAUUUUCCUGACCAUGAGCCCUCCACUCCUACCCUUGGAUACCCGCCUGUGCCUCCUCAAACAUCAAUUGCACCAAAGAAAUUCACCCCUGUGCUGUUGAACGCAGAAUCUUUCCAGCCCCUAUCCGGUGCCACAAUUGAAGAUGGGAACAGAGUCUCUCGCUUCAGACCCCCCGACCUAAUGACACUUCGCCCUUUUCCACCAAAGCGCGCCCUCGGGCUCAAACACCUACUAUCAAAGCCUGGUAUUGUAACGCCCCUGCCUAAGGCAAGCCGAAAUUGCACCAGAAAAACCGGGUUCACACAGACCUGGCUGAUCUCAGAGCCUGUGUGCAUAGGGAAGAGAGCGAACCAGCUUCCUCUCGAAGCAUACACCCAAUUGCUUGCCUUCUCUCCCCUGACGCAACAUGCGAACAGGCAAAUCCUGAAAAAGCAUCCAUCCUCACGCAUACACCCAAUUGCUUGCCUUCUCUCCCCUGACGCAACAUGCGAACAGGCAAAUCCUGAAAAAGCAUCCAUCCUCAGUGGCUCAAUAGCCUCUGAGAUUUGCCAGCCUUUGGAGUGCCACCAUCAGGUCUCAAUUUACAGCUUUUCUGAUCCCAUCCUGCUCGAACUCACAAAAACGGCUCUCUUGAUGGCAUGUAGCACGCCUAACACCAUCUGCACAGUUCGAUGA